AUGUUCAUGGUAAUUGGUAAUCGUAAUCGUAAUGGCAAGGGUAAUAGUAAUGAUAACGGUAGUAAUAAUAAUAGUAAUGAUGAUUGUCAUGUUAAUUGCUAUUCAAGACUUGGGCGUUUCAUCCGGCUUUUGCGUAACUUCUCGACUACAAAAAAGAAUGACUUCAAAGUAACUUUGAUUGGUGGCUGUGGUGGCAUUGGACAACCCUUGGCGCUGCUUUUGAAACGUCUUGAAUUAAUAUCCACAUUGGCCGUUUACGAUCUGGUUAAGACACCGGGCGUGCAUACCGAUCUGUCGCACAUCGAUACAAAAGCUUGCUUGGAGGGCUUUCUGCGUCGAGAAAAUUUACCACCGGCUUUGGAGAAUGCCGAUGUUGUCAUCCUCUCGGCUGGCUUCCCACGCAAACCGGAUAUGACACGUGAUGACCUAAUUGUGAAAAACAUAGACAUUGUAUUGGAAAUUGCUGCCGCAAUCGGUGAACAUUGUCCAAAAGCUCUGUUGGGCAUUAUCACAAAUCCCGUUAACUCGUGCGUACCAGCGGCAGCGGAAAUCCUCAAGCAGAAAAAUUCUUUCGAUCCCAAACGCCUAUUCGGCAUAACCACGCUCGAUGAGGUGCGUGCACGCACAUUCAUUGGCCAUAUAUUAGAUGUUGAACCGUGCAAAGUUAAUAUACCAGUAAUUGGCGGUCAUUCGGGUGAAACAAUUAUUCCCGUCAUCUCGCAAUGCAAGCCGCCACUAUAG